GGACUUUAUCAUCUGUAUAGAGAUGUUUCUAGCAGCCAUAGCCCACCACUACAGCUUUACCUAUAAACCCUACAUACUGGAGGCAGAGGAGGGAAGCUGUUUUGACUCCUUCAUGGCCAUGUGGGACAUGUCUGACAUCAGAGCAGACAUCUCAGAGCAGGUCCAACACGUAGGUCGGACGGUCCUGGGCAGACCCAAUAACAUGUACUUUGGCUCCACCCGCCGUCCUGAACACACUGAACACACAGGUCUCCUGUCGGCUGCGUCCCAGGGGGGGUCAGAGCAAGACAUCAUCGUCACGGAAACCGUCUCCGUCCCCGCCUCCCCUCUGUCGGGUCACUACCAGGUGCUAGGCCACACCCCAAAGCCACACUCUUACUCCGCCCCCUCCGGGUUCAUUUCUUCUGAUUGGGACGAGGACAGCGAGGAGAAACAAUCGGAGACCAGUGCAGGGGUUUUGCACAGUGGUGACAUCACUGGCGACGCCCCCACUGCGGGCAUCAGUGGCGCCCUCGUUGAAAUCACUGGUGACACUUCCGCUGACAUCACUGCGAGUGGUGACUUCAUUCGUGACAUCUCUGAUGGUGACCUGACUGGCGACGCACCCAGUGACAUCACUGGCCAUGCCCUCAUUGACAUCAGUAGCGAAGUCCCCGGUGAAACGAGUGGUGACUUUACUGGUGACAUCACUAGUAACAUUACUUUUUGCACGUAGGAGGAGUGUUAUUGGUCCAGAGUGUGUUCCUUCCUGUCUCGUGACUCCUCCCCUUCACCCUGACUGGCUGAGACAAGCUGGCGAGUGAGUUUCUAAAGGGGGAGUGAACACAAUUCAGAAAUAAGGGGUGAAAACCAGAACCAGCCAAGGAGAGUUUGGACACAGAGGAAGCCAUGUUGGUGUAAUAUUUUCCAUAACAACAGAUGAAUUAUAAAUAACUUUAUAAAUGAUGUUUAUAAAACACUAAUGUCAAGUUUGACUUAAUAAUGUUAUAUAAUUAUGUUUCGUUACUAUAAUUACUAUUGUUUUAAUAUUUUGUAAUUAAUCAUUUUUGGAUAACAAUGGUAUUUUAUUGUUGACAGUAUUUUGUCAUUAUCCGUUUCAUUCAUUUAAUAUAUAUUAAUAAAUACAACAAUUCAAUAACACAUAUAUAUAUACACACUGCAAUAGACUGAACUACAACUAAUCAUUAUUACAGACAUGUUACUAAAGACAAAACACAGCUUACUCACGCCACAGCAGACCUUCUAUUCAGCAGCAGGAUGCCAUUGACUUGUCAGCUGAGUUAUUCAGCGACCUUCUUCUGUUGUC